AUGGGUGCAGUUAUAUCGACAAUUGGCGCUUGCUAUUAUGCAUUGAAAGCCCUUUGGAGUGAAUUGUCCCACUGUGCGGUCGAUUCCAACGCUCUUUUUCAACGCAUUGCGACACCCAAGCUUCCAGUCUCAGAUCCGACGGUCUCAUUCUGGCAGACGAACCCGCUAUACCCCGAGUUGGUCAAUAUGAAGUCAGAAAAGCUGCCACAGUCUGCAGACAUCGUGAUAAUAGGCUCCGGGAUGUCAGGUGCUAGUGUUGCCUACACAAUUCUGUCAGAGUGUCAGGCGCUCGGCGAAGAGAAAACGGUUGUUGUACUUGAAGCCCGUGAGGUGUGCAGUGGAGCAACUGGACGAAACGGCGGUCAUCUGAAAUGCUCACCGUAUUCCCUAUACUCUGAACUAAAGGAGAUGCUGGCGCCAGGGCGGGCUAAAGAUGUCCUGAACUUCUAUCGUCGUCAUGUCCCCCUCAUGCUUGAUCUAGUCAAGACUGAAAGGCUCGAGGGUACAGAAAUCAGAGAAGUGGAUACUGUUGAUGUAUUCCUGGAGGAUACCCAGUGGGAAAAAGCGCUGGCUAUGAUUCAAGUCCUUCGUCGAGAUGUCCCGGAAGCGGCAGAGGAUAUCGUAGUAUGGGAGGCUGAGGAAGCUCGCAAGAAAUUUUCGAUUGGCAACCAUUGUCAUGGAGCUAUUUCAUAUCGCGCCGGCGCAAUGUGGCCUUAUAGGCUUGUAGGCUCUAUUUACGCAGCCUUGUUAUCUACUUAUGGCAAAAAAUUUUCCAUCGAAACUAGCACAACGGUCCAAGAUAUUAAGAUUGAAGAGAAUGACUAUAGUCCGUAUUGUCUGCAUACAUCCCGCGGUGAGAUACGUGCUCGACACGUCGUCCAUGCCACAGACGCAUUCGCAGCAAAUCUCAUUCCUGGACUAAAGGGUAAAAUCUUUCCGAUUCGAGGACACAUGUCCGCACAGGAGGCGGUCGGACCCUCUUUAAAGCUGGAUGGGUCUCUGUCCUGGAGCAUUAUCGGUAAGAAAGGAUUCGAGUACGUCACACAGCGGCCACAGGAGUCCGCAGGCAGCCACAGCCCUGGAGGGGAGAUCAUGAUUGGGGGUGGUCUCUUCCAAUCUGAAAACAAAGCAAUAGACGAAAUUGGUAUCUGGAAAGACAACAGUACCAAUCCUAUAAUCAGCGCAUACUUGGGUGGAAUAUGGCCUGUUACUUUCGAAAGCGAACACACAAAAGUACUCCAACUAUGGACAGGAUGCAUGGGGUUCACUAUUGAUCUCCUUCCCUUUGUCGGACAAGUCAGUCCCAAGUUCACCGGCAGAGUGCCACGACGCAAGUCAGGCAAAGGAAAAACCUCGGGGAAACCAGUUGGAGAUUCUCCCAAUGAAUGGAUUACGGCAGGCUUCGGUGGCGAUGGAAUGGUUUCGGCAUGGUUGUCGGGAACUGCGGUCGGGCUGAUGGUCCUGGGACGAGAAAAUAUUCAACAUGAGACGCGACCGGGACUGCCUGCUGGCAAAGUUACAGAUUGGCUUCCCAAGGAGAUGUAUCUCUCUGAAAAGCGAAUCAGGAAUGCGAUCAGCUACGAAUGCAAUGAAAUUGAGGAAGACAUCCGCUUUGAAAUCGAAACCGGGCGACGACGCUGGUGGGAACUGCAAGCUCCUGUUCACUUCGCGGGAUAUGCUAUAGCGUUUCUGGCUUCUAUUUUUCGUCUGUAUCUUCUCCCAAUUUAUCGGAGGAUCAGUCAUUAUGUUAUUCUUGAGAGCGCCAGCAUCACCGGGUCACACCAGCAAAUUCUCCUCAGCGCCCUCAAUAUUGUUUUCUCGUUCAAUAGCCGCGUCGUCCGUAGUUUCUUCGUUGACAGAUGGGGUCAUCGCACCCUCUUCACGGCACUUUCUUCACGGGUCUUAUUUAGUCCUAUAAACGAGAUAGCCUCGUUUGACCACUCCAAUAUCACCCACAGCAUGGAUACGGCUUCGUCGCCCGUGUCUUCCUGUAUAGUAUUUUCUACUCAUUCUGCUGGACUCCGCUGCAAUUACUAUAUCCGGCAGAAUCCUCCCGAACCGCGUGCGUGCAAAGUUGUCCCUACAGAACGUAGCGACUGGCGGUGCCAGUUUAUCAAUAUGUAUGCGACCCCGACUGGGAUGAGCAAUAUCGGCUGGCGAAUUGGUUCUGCAUUUCCCCGAAUAAGCCCUAUGUAUUUCGCCCUCCAUGAGACGAAGGGGCGUACGAUCGAGGAGCUGGAGGACAUCUUUGAGCAGCGGAACCCGGUUAAGGCGUCGUUGAAGAAAAGGGAUGCUGUGGUGCGUGAUGGAGGCGUUAAGAUGGUUUGUGUGAUUGCAAUGAGCUCGAUAAGCGUCUACAGGACUGGCCUAGACGUUGGCUUGGCAAUAUACUGCUGA